AUGGUGUUCACGUCGCCGAGACAUACCUUCCUGCUACCAAAAGUAGAAGUCGUGAGUGCCAAAAACUCACGACAGCUUGAAAAGCGUUUUACUUUUCUCUGGACCUCGGCGCAUCAUUUACUGUCCACAAGUAACGUACUGGCCAACCAUAUGAUCGCAUCUAUGAUGCAGCUAGCAAGAACAAAUCACGCGCAGUUACCACAGUCAGUGCUAGACUUUAUAUGUGAAAGCUGUGGUGGGUUGCUGGUGCCCAGUGUGUCGGCAAGCGUGCGUAUCGUGCCCCAGUCCCGAAAGUCUCCAGCCAAUCGUCGACUAGGUCGACAGCACCGACGUGCACAGCUGGAGAGUGGCAUAAAUGGAGCACAUCCUGUCCGUGAAACCUUGUCUACAAUCGUGAGAGUGACAUGCUAUCGAUGCCAGCAUGUGAAUGACCGACCUGGCGCGUCACAAGUUCACAAGGCAAGGAUGAAGAAACGAGUGAGAGAAGAAGAGGAGCAACCAACGACGACUACUGUUCUAGGUACGAAGAAAACUAAAACGGACAGUGAAGAAACUGCUCAACACGACAAAUUAAAAGUUGCAAGAAGUUUGGCUGCUCCUGUUGAGCUAUCAAUGGCAUCUACAAGUCCAUUGGCGCCAACACUAUCAAGUCUACCAAAGAAGCUGCUGGAUAAAUCAAAGAAAAGAACAAAGAAGAAGAAAACACAGUCGGACGCAGCUGUAGUUGCUGUCAAAAAUAACCUGAGUUCUUUCUUGCAAGGUUUCAAUGCGCGGAAAUAA